ACCCGAGCAUGCUCGUCGCUGUCCGCUAAAACGGCAGAGACCGUCUUGUCAUGAACCGAUGGGCAGCGCUGCACUGACCGGAAGAGCCCUGGUCCUUCUACCAAUCAGAGAGGCCCGUUUGUAUGAAUGCGGAAGUUGGGUCACGAGCAUCUGAAAGUUCUCCCCUCUGCGUAGAGAUUGAGAUUCAGCCCAGGCUGCAACUUCCUUCCUCUGUCUGCUAUCUGAAGAUAUGGGGAAAGAAAUCUGAAAGCAAAUGAGACAUCAACUUCUGAAGGAGCCACUUGAUUCAUUGCUUUUGUCUGCUUGAGAGAUUUUGAACACGGGUGGCAGGAAGAAUACUGAGCCGCCCAAGUGAAAGAGCUUUGGUGUGCCGACUGUGAAAAGUGCUUCAAACUGUUUACUUAGCUUGGACGAUCAAGAUCUCACCCCUCACGUGAGGACAGACUGUGUACCCGUUAUUUUUGUAAUUUCAAACCCAGAGCAACACUAUGAAAGCUCACCUCAUGGGGAAGCCGUGGAAAUGUGGGGACUGUGGGAAAGGAUUCCUUUAUCCGUCGAUGCUGGAAACUCACAGGCGCAUUCACACAGGGCAGAGGCCAUUCACCUGUUCAGAGUGCGGGAAAGGCUUCAUUCGACUGUGCACCCUGCAGACCCACCAGUGGGUCCACACCGGGCAGAGGCCAUUCACCUGCUCAGAGUGCGGGAAGGGAUUCAUCAGUCCUUCCAGCCUGCGGUCCCACCAGCGGAUCCACACGGGAGAGAAGCCAUUCAUGUGCUGUGUGUGUGGGAGGCGGUUCACUCAUUCAUCCACAUUGCUGGUCCACAAGAGGGUCCACACGGGCGAGAGGCCGUUCACCUGCCCUGAGUGUGGGAAGGGGUUCGCUCAGUCAUCUACACUGCUGAUCCACAGGCAGAUCCACACUGGGGAGAGGCCAUUCACCUGCUCUGAGUGCGGGAAGGGGUUCAUGAAUUCGUUCACCCUGCUGAGGCACCAGCAUGUCCACACCGGGGAGAGGCCCUUCACUUGCUCUGAGUGUGGGAAGGGGUUCACUUGUUCAUCUACACUGCUGAGCCACAAGCGGGUCCACACCGGGGAGAGGCCUUUCACUUGCUCCGAGUGUGGGAAGGGGUUCACUUGUUCAUCUACAUUGUUGACCCACCAACGGGUUCACACCGGGGAGAAACCAUUCACCUGCUCUCAGUGCAGGAAGGGCUUUACCCAGUCCUCCCACCUGCGGAGGCACCAGCGAGUUCACGCUGGAGAAAAACCGUGGAAGUGUGGUGACUGCGGGAAAGGUUUCUGUGUCCCAUCUGCCUUGGAGACUCAUCGGCGCAUCCACACCGGAGAGAGGCCAUUCUUCUGCCCUGAGUGUGGGAAGGGCUUUACGCAGGCCUCCACCCUCCAGAUCCACCGACGAGUCCACACAGGGGAGAGGCCCUUUAGCUGUCCUGAGUGCGGGAAGGGCUUCAGCCAUUCCUCCGACCUGCUGACCCACCGGCGCAUCCACACGGGGGAGAGGCCCUUCAACUGCCCUGAGUGCAGGAAGGCCUUCAGCAGUUCCUCCAACCUGCUGAGGCACCAGCGGCUCCACAUGGGAGAGAGGCCCUACAGCUGCCCUGAGUGCGGGAAGGGCUUCAGCGAUUCCUCCAUACUGCUCAGGCACCAGCGAGUCCACACUGGGGAGAAACCGUUCAGCUGCCCUGAGUGUGGGAAGGGCUUCAGCGAUUCCUCCAUACUGCUCAGGCACCAGCGAGUCCAUACUGGGGAGAGGCCCUUCAGCUGCCCCGAGUGCGGGAAGGGCUUUACCCGGGCCUCCCACUUGCUUACCCACCGGCGGGUCCACACAGGGCAGAGGCCCUACAGCUGUCCAGAAUGUGGAAAGGGCUUUACCCAGGCAUCCAACCUGUUGACGCACCGGCAGAUCCACACUGGGGAGAGGCCCUUCAGCUGCCCUGAGUGCAGGAAAGGCUUCACCCGCUCCUCCAACCUGCGCAGGCACCAGCGGGUUCAUGUACCAUCGCAGGGGGAUUUGAAGGAGUGAUGGUAGAGUGCCAUUAUUGACCCAGUUCCAGCGAUGCCUAGGUUUGAAUCCCGCCGUGGCAUAUGGUGGAAUUGGAAUUCAGUCAGAAAUCUGGAGUUCAGAAUCUAACGAUAAAACCAUUUUUGGGGGUGUAACGGGGGUGAAACACCCCAUCUGAUUCACUCACGUCCUUUUUAGGGAAGGAAACUGCAGUUGUAGCAAAAGAUUCUCUCAGUCGUCCCAGGUGCAUCCUUUACCCUGUCUGGCUCACAUGUGACUCCAGACCCACAGCAGUGUGGUUGACUCGAUACUGCCUCCACCCCUGGCAAAUGAGUGGGGAGAAACUUACUUGGAUACAGGGUAUGGGUUGAAAUUGCUUAGUGAGGCAAUAAUUCCUCUGGGUUAAGGCUGUACCAAGGAUCCAUUUACAAUGGAACAACUCAAUGCUGACCAUAGUAAAGAAAGCGAGGGAGCAUGCGCACUUUGACCUUCAGCUGUUUAAAAACCAGUUACUUUUUGUAUGCCUCUUUGGUGAGGGGAUUGGAAGCUGUAACAAAGUUGGUUCACAAUAAAGGUUACCAGGGCUCAGGCUCUCAUUGAAA